AUGGAGCCACCGAAAAACAAAGGCUCAAGUAAAAAGCCUGCAAAGACAAGGACGCCUACACUAAUAGAUGGCCUUACCAAGGAGGAGCUGUCCAAGGAGCAGCUGGAAGAGCACAUUGUGCGCUUGCGAGAAGAGCUGGAUAGAGAGAGGGAGGAGAGAAACUACUUUCAACUGGAGAGGGACAAGAUACACACCUUUUGGGAGAUCACAGAAAGACAGCUGGAGGAAGCCAAGGCUGAACGCAAAAACUUGGAUAAGGAAAUUGAGGAUGAUGAAGGACGCCACCAAGUAGAGAUCAAGGUCUAUACACAGAAGAUGAAGCACCUCCUGUGUGAACACCAGAACACGAUCUCUGAACUGAAAGCAGAUGGUUUAAUGUCUGCUGACGCGAUGCAGAAGGAACAAGAACAGUUAGAGAACAAGCUUCAUAAGAGAAUGGCGAGCAUCAAGGUGGACAUGCAGGAGCUCGACAUUGAAACCCUUGUCAAGGAGCUCGAACUUAAACAUGAUGAAGAAAUGACUAAAACACGGAACAGCUGGGUGAAGCAGCUCGCAGAAAUUCAGGAUAAGUAUGAGAGAAAGGUGGAGUUGUGGCAACAGGAGCUGGACAACAUUAGCAAAAAUGAAACCAGUGAGGAGAAAGAUUCUGGGAACAACCACAUGACCACUCUUAUCAGAGACCAUGAAGCCAUUUUGAGUGAACUCAAUACACUCGUGAAAGACAUGGAGCAGGAUUUGGAUAUAAAUCUUUCACUGAAGGAAAAAAUUCAAAGCAUGAAGGCGAAACAGAGGGAAACGGACCUGCCAGGUGUUCUGCAGAGUAACAAGCAUCUCAAUGAUCUUCUCACAAAGGUCAAAGAGGAAACUGAAGUCAUGGAAAAGAUGAAAUUCUCUCUGCAAAAAAAGGAUCCCGGUGAAGAGGUGAAAGUAAAGGAGCUGACUGAGCGGAAAAGUGAAUAUGCAGUACUGGAACAGAAAUUCAGCAAGCUUCAGCUGGAAAGGGAUGAGCUGUACAAGACAUUCACUCAGAACGUUCAGAAAGUGCAGCAAAAUGUAGGUUUGAAGAUCAUGCAGCUGGAAAAGAGUCUGAAAACCGUGACAGACAGCUUGGAGAAGAAGCAGUCUCAGCUCUCCUCAGUGCUGUCUGCUUCUAACAUAGACCAAACUGCCCUCUGUGGGAUCACAAACAGAAUUAAGGAAGAUAUUGACUCCAGCAAUGACUCCAUUAAAGACUUACAGUUUAAAAGAGCAAAGAUUUCCAAGGCCCGUAAGGAACUGCUGCUGAUCAACGAGGCAAAGCAAAGAGCGUGUGGAGUCCCUGUGGAGGAGCUCUGUGUAAAGCCUGUUGAGAGGAGUUUUGCUUUGCGUCUGGGAACAAACUAA